AUGCCGACUGCGCCUGUGCCCACAUCCGCGUGUCACGAGCCCGACGCGCACCUGUCCGCGACCAGCAACCUGCACCCAUUCGCGUGUGCCGACCAACUCCGCCGAAACCCGCCAUUAGGCGGGGCGGGCAUAUCCCCUCACAAGCCGCCGCCGCAUGUCGCGAAUCACCCUAGAUUCAGACUCGUCAAGUCCAAAUCCACGGAGCCACGUGACUGUCGGAGCCCGGCGCGGAGGAGCUUGGAGUCGGCACCGGAGCACGACAUGUCAGUAGACAUCCCAUCCUUCGUGCUCGAUUCGUACUGGAAGAACAGUCGGCCAAUUCAUAAAAGUAAAGUGAAAUUAGGGAUGGAGAAUGGAGAAUUGGAGAGGAGGAUUGGAAAUUAG